CUACCCUGGCAAAAGGUGAAUGCCCCAGUGACCCGCCGUGAAAUUAAUCCGAUUUUCAGGAAACCCUGGCACCUUCCUCAAUCUUACACCAUCCAUUUUAUUGGAACUCGUAUUAAAGGUGUUAAAUAAGAAAGGAGAUGCAAUAAUCCACACUCCUGGAGCAUUAAAUCCCGGGAGGCCAAAAUAAUUACAUUUGAUAUCAGAGCUUCAUACACUCUUUGUUUCUUUGGUUCCUGGAAUUGAUAGAACCCAAAAAAUCAAGGAGAAACUUAUCUUCCAGAGACGAGGUGGAAACUUAUACCCACCAGAAAAUCUUCAGAAGUAAAUAUUGGGCUAUCUGAUGUGUAGGGUUUUAGAGGUAAUAAUGCUACUUUAUUUUGUUUGCCAGCACAAGAAGCAUCGGAACGGAGCGUCAUAACUGACUGUCGCGAUCAUUACGGUAUCAAUUUAGACUCACUGGAUCCUUCUCCAGGCACGUUUCUCAGGAAUCCACGCUACGUCGACGUCGGGAUAUAUAGUUCCUUUUUAUUAGAUUAAACCAACUGCUCUCAGUUAAAUCAAUACAGAAUUCGAAAGUGAGGUAAGACGACCGUCGGCACAGAGGAAGGAAAAUCUCCGUAAACCCGGGCGUAAAAUUGGCCAGGAAGCUUUUCCAAUUAGAGGAACAAUUACUAAGUCGAUAUUAAUAAAAAUCUGCUCAGUCAUUAGGUCUGGAGCGCUAACAAACUAUUGGAGUACAAGCGAGGUAUAAUUUUAGCUUAAUGGAAUCGUUCAGUUACCGGUGAACAUAUAUUGGAGAGAAACUGAAGAAAAAUACCACUGAAAAGAAAAGUUAGGUUAAUGAUAAUGUCAUUUAGAAAAGGGACGGGUUCCAUUGUGUGAAGUACCAAGCAUUGAAUCAAGAACCUAAAGUGGUCUACUGAAAUUAUACAUUGGCUUUCAAGUGAAAAGAAAAUGAAGUAUGUUUGUUUUGUGAGACUUCAUUGAAUUUAAGUUCCUUGAUAUAAAUAACUUCACAUGAUAUUUUCCUAUACCACAAGUUUCUCCAGACCUAAGAACUCGGAUUUUCUGUUUGUGGCCAGCUAAUGAUGUUGAUGACGGAAUGUCCAACGACUCUUUUAUCCCUAACUGUACCGCUGAGUUAGCAGACAAGGCCGGGCCGCCGCCCCACUAUAUCAGGGAGACCCGCACUCUGAUUGGACUGUUACUGUCUCUGUUCCCGGUGCUCACUCUGAUCGGCAAUGUGCUGGUCAUCGUGGCCGUCUUUACCCACCAACGCCUGCGCACCAUCACUAACGUCUUUGUCGUAUCGCUGUCAGUGGCCGACGCUCUGGUGGCCAUCUUGGUAAUGCCGUUUGCCGUGUACCUCCAAAUUAAUAACAACAAGUGGAAUUUAGGACCGACUGUGUGUACAAUUUACACUUGUUUUGAUGUCAUGUCUACUACCUCUUCUAUCAUGCAUUUGUCGUGUUUGGCCGUCGAUCGGUACUUAGCCAUAUGUCGGCCAUUCCUUCACGAGAGACUCAACAAUAAGAUUGUAGCAAGCAUGGUUGCCUCAUGUUGGAUACUUCCAGCGAUAAUAGCUUAUAUUCCAAUUCUAAAGCAGUGGAACCAUAUAGGGAUAGAGGACUACAUAUAUUGUUUAGGAGAUUCUGUGUGCCAGCUUAUCGUUAAUAUACCAUUUGCUGUCAUAUGUUCCACAAUAGCUUUCUACAUUCCGGCCGUGUUUUUGAUCAUUUCCAAUGUGAAAAUCUAUCUUGCGGCAAGAAAACAAGCACAGCAUAUUCGCAGCCUGGAAGCUUCGGUUCAUUGUAAAAGGAGGAAUAGUAAAUUCAAGCACGAAGCCAAAGCGGCCAAAACCAUAGGAAUUAUUAUGGGUUGUUUCUGUGUGUGCUGGUUUCCAUUUUUCAUUAUGAACAUCAUAGACCCUAUCAUAGGCUAUAAGAUAGAGUAUGUGCCGUGGACUGUUGCAUUGUGGUUAGGCUAUCUUAAUUCUAUGUUAAAUCCAUUUUUGUACUAUAAUUUCAAUAAGUCUUUCAAGAUGGCAUUUCGUCGUCUAUUAACGUGUAAACUGUGUCGGGGUGUGAGUGAGUUUGAGGACGAAAUGCCUGUCAGUCAAUCGGAGAUGAUGUUAGCAAACCAGUCUCUUCACCAUAUCAACCAUUCUGGAAAUGGAGUUAGUAAUUUGCCGACUGAACUUUCUCAUCUCAAUGCAAUAUGACGUGUUGUUAUGAUAUUAGGAUUGUGUAUUCCGUUAUGUCAUAUUUAUGACAUUGAAAACAAGUCCAAAAACGCAGUGCAAAAAGGUCAAGAGAACUCUCAGUUGAAGCCUUUCCAGGUGGGACAACUCCAAAAUGCCGACUGGAGAAGAUUCCUGAAUGUUUUAAUGCGUUAAAAUGUGAGCGCUCGGAAUCACUCAGAGUCAAGUCCAGCGCAAAACAAUUUAUUCAUCCUUUUAUAUCUGCUGGUUAUUAUUUGUUUUUAAGUUUUUAUUUAUAUUUUGUUAACAAUGAUUUGAUUUUUGUUGACGAAGUUUAAAUUUUGAGUGAUAGUUACUGCCUUGCAGGUAACACUGACUAAAACAGCUUCCUGUUCUUAUUAUAUUUACUUUUAAUGCAGCCUAUUGCAACACUAACCGUCCUCAUUCUUUAAUAAUUUUGUCAAUGCUAGAUAUUAAAGCUGCUCUUAAGUAAAAAAAAAAUCCUACUAUUAACUUGUUAAGUUUUUUUUAUUUAUAUUUUUUCCUCAUGAAACCCAGUGAAUAAAAUAAAAAGUGUCACAAUGAA